CACAUAUUGGAACAGCCAUAUUAUAUAAUCUGAAUAUCUCUACUCAAUUAACCUCUUUAUUCUUUGCAGAAAAAAAAAAUAGUUGUAUCAUUUUCUUUAUACAGCUGUUUAAAAUGAUACAAACAAUCCUAUAUCUAAUGCUUACAAUUUUUUCGUCUAUUCCAAAUCGUAUUCGUCCUUUUCUAUUAGUUUUUAUUUUUGCCAAAUUACCUCUCACUCUUUUGUUGACUGGAGCUUUGUAUGUGUAUAUGACGAUGAGUAUCUUUAAUUAUAGUAAAGAAAACAUAAUAGAACAAAAAUCCCCUUUAUUAUUGACAUAUCAUGAUGAUAAGGAAGAAAAAGAAAGAAAAUGGAAUGCUAACAAGCAGAUUACAUUGGCUAAAUCACUUUCCUUUAAUAAUCGGCCUCAUUAUGCUUCUAUUCAUCACAAUUUUUAUAAUAUACCUAAAGAUCAAACGAGUCAUCUUUUAGAAGAUGAUAUAUUCAAUACUCCUAUAAUUCUGACUGCUACUGUUAUGCCUAGAAUAGAGGACGAAUUUAGUUCUCUAUCGAAAGAAAAGACAUAUGAUGAAGAAAUAAUGACUACACCAAUGGCUCAUACUACUACUAUUCCUGUUUUUCAUGUUAAUUGGAAUGCCAUUCAUCAGGAACUGAAGACUGAUUUGCGACGACAGCAAGAAGAGAUGUGCUCAAAUGAGAGUAAUUACACUACUUUCUAUAACAGUGAAGAAAGUGCAUUAUUGUCUUUAAAGCCUCAUCAAAUCCCAAUGGAUCGAUGCACAACACAUAGAAAAGAGCCUGCUUUAUCAGACACUAUUUUCCCAUUAUUAUGUUCACCUAAUUCUUCUUUGGUCUCCUUUGCAUCCAAGUUGUCCUACCCAUCUAUAUCAUCAUUACCUACUACUACUACUACAUCUUUUGAUUAUCUUAAUUCUAGUCAUUUAUUAUCAGCUUUGUCCCUUGAGUCUGAUGUCAUCAGAACUCCUCCUACACAACAAUCUAUUACUACUACACAAUUGAUAACGCCUAGUAGUAGUUAUACAUGUUUGACAAAGAUGAGCAUGAUUGAGGCCCCCUUCUAUUCUAUCAUUCAUCCUUCACCUAAGGGCUUCCAUCAUUCAUCCAUCGAUCAUGAUCCAUUUGUAGAUAAGGAAAACAAAAGUAAAUUCCAACAUAUUAUAUACAAAUUUUCAUUUUAUAAAAAGAGGAAACGAUUUAAAAAUUAUUUUAAUGAGAGGAAUGAUACGAUGAGCGAACAAACAACAGGGAUAUCAGAUACCUUCAGAGGAGACAACACUCCAAGAAAUCGUCAUUCGAUACAGAUUAGACAAGUCCUUAAAACUAGAUGGAGGAAGAUGUUUGAUAAGAAAGAUAAAUGAUAUUAUUGGCUAACAAGUUCAUUACAAAUCAAGACAAGUUACAAAGUAAUUAAAGAACUCCGAAUUGAAUACUUAUUUCUAAAACUAUCUUUAAGCUAUCAAUCAUACAACAUAUAUAAAUAAUGUGUUAACAUUCUUCCUUCU